GUCGACGCCAUUUUCCCAGAGAGGCAGUGACAUAGGAGGGAGCGUAGGCGGCUGCGAGGAGGGAGACACGGGAGGAAGAGUAGCAGUGGCGGCCGCGGCAGCAGUGGCAGUUAGGGGAUUGUGCAGAGGUUUCCAAGCAAAGGCGCUUCUUACCUGGUCCCCGCGGGGCUUUGUGCAGCGAGCAAACUUCGGGGUCCUUACCACUGACCCUCCCCCCUCUGCGAGAGGCUGUUGAGAGCUACGUCCUGUUCAGACUAGGGACAUCCGCAGUGGGACUGUUGCAUUGUUUUGGUUGGGAUAAGAGGGGGGCUCAGUUAAGAGGGUGCUGCUGCCUGGCCUGUGAUCAUUACAGGUAAUAAAGAUGAGUUACUGCAAUUGGUUGAACAACUUCAUCCAGACAGUAGUAAUGAAUGGAUCAGCAUCAAACUGGAAAGAGAUGUGUCAGUUUCAUUCCUGCUGAGGCAGUCAGAGCAGAUGAGUUUGUGGAUGCACUUAGAUGUUUGCAAUGAGCACUGUGGCUGGCAUGCCCCAGUGUUUUGGAUACCAAUGCAUAGAACUCCAUAGUAAUCGAAUUUAUCAGAAACGAACGUCAUGAGCAUAGUGGUCCCAUUGGGGGUUGAUACAGCAGAAACUUCAUAUUUGGAAAUGGCUGCAGGCUCAGAACCUGAAUCUGUAGAAGCUAGCCCUGUGGUAGUUGAGAAGUCAAACAGUUAUCCACACCAGCUAUAUAACAGCAGCUCUCAUCACUCACACAGUUACAUCGGUUUGCCUUAUGCAGACCAUAACUAUGGUGCCCGCCCUCCUCCAACACCUCCAGCAUCUCCUCCUCCAUCAGUUCUUAUAAGCAAGAAUGAAGUAGGCAUAUAUACUGCUCCAAAUUUUGAUGAGACCUCCAGUGCUACUACUAUCAGCACAUCUGAAGAUGGAAGCUAUGGAACUGAUAUAACCAGGUGCAUUUGUGGAUUCACACAUGAUGAUGGAUAUAUGAUCUGUUGUGACAAAUGCAGUGUUUGGCAGCAUAUUGAUUGCAUGGGGAUCGACAGGCAGCAUAUUCCUGACACAUACCUCUGUGAGCGUUGUCAACCUAGGAGUUUGGAUAAAGAAAGGGCAAUGUUGCUACAGCGUAGAAAAAGGGAAAAUAUGUCAGAUGGGGAUACCAGUGCAACAGAGAGUGGUGAUGAAGUUCCUGUAGAAUUAUAUACUGCUUUUCAGCAUACACCAACCACAAUUACUUUAACUGCUACACGAGUUACCAAAGUCACAGAUAAGAAACGGAAAAAAAGUGGGGAGAAAGAACAAAACAUCACAAAAUGUAAAAAGGCUUUCCGAGAAGGUUCUAGGAAAUCUUCAAGAGUUAAGGGCUCAGCUCCAGAGAUUGAUCCUUCUGAUAGUUCAAACUUUGGAUGGGAAACUAAAAUCAAGGCAUGGAUGGAUCGUUAUGAAGAAGCAAACAACAACCAGUAUAGUGAAGGCGUUCAAAGAGAGGCACAAAGAAUAGCUUUGAGAUUAGGAAAUGGAGAUGACAAAAAAGAAGUGAUCACCAGCAGUUCAAUCUUCAAACCUCCAGUAGAGAGCUAUAUUCAAAAAAAUAAGAAAAUCCUAAAAGCUGCCAAAGACUUGCCUCCAGAUGCACUUAUUAUUGAAUAUCGAGGAAAGUUCAUGCUGAGAGAACAGUUUGAAGCAAAUGGAUAUUUCUUUAAGAGGCCAUACCCCUUUGUUCUUUUCUAUUCUAAACUCAAUGGGCUAGAAAUGUGUGUGGAUGCGAGAACCUUUGGGAAUGAAGCUCGAUUUAUCAGACGUUCUUGUUCACCCAAUGCUGAAGUAAGGCAUGCAAUUGAAGAUGGAACUAUUCAUCUUUACAUCUACUCCAUCCAAAAUAUUCCAAAAGGAACAGAAAUAACCAUUGCAUUUGAUUUUGAUUAUGGCAAUUGCAAAUACAAAGUGGACUGUGCUUGCCUCAAAGAAAAUCCUGAAUGCCCAGUUCUUAAGCAAGCUUCUGAGCCUACAGAAAAUAUGAAUACAGGAUAUGAAACAAGAAGAAAGAAAGGCAAAAAAGAAAGGGAUGCUUCAAAAGAGAAGGAAACUCAAAACCAGAACAUCACCUUGGAUUGUGAGGCAGCAGCCAACAAAUCAAAGUUUCCAGACAACAGGCAGCGAAAGCUUUCUCCACUUAGGCUUUCAAUUUCAAAUAAUCAGGAGCCAGAUUUUAUUGAUGAUGUAGAAGAAAAAACUCCUAUUAGCAAUGAAGUAGAAAUGGAAUCAGAGGAGCAGAUUGCAGAAAGGAAAAGGAAGAUGACCAGAGAAGAACGGAAAAUGGAAGCCAUCCUUCAAGCUUUUGCCAGGCUAGAAAAAAGAGAAAAAAGAAGAGAGCAGGCUUUGGAAAGAAUCAGUACAGCUAAAACAGAAAUUAAAUCUGAAUGCAGGGAUACGCAAAUCAUCAAUGACACAGAAUUUGUUCAGCAGGAACCAGCAAAAGAGGAAACUGCCACCAAGCCAACCCCUGCCAAAGUCAACAGGACAAAACAGAGAAAAAGCUUCUCUCGGAGCAGAACUCAUAUUGGACAGCAGCGGAGACGGCACAGAACUGUUAGCAUGUGUUCAGAUAUCCAACCAUCCUCUCCUGAUGUGGAAGUUAGUUCCCAGCACAAUGAACCUGAAAACGCUGCACUUUCAGCUGAGCCUGAAACAGAGACAACUGUUGCUGAAAUAGUUCCUGAUCCAGAACCUCCAGCACUUAAUAAAUGCCCUACUAAAUACCCUAAAACAAAAAAGCACUUGGUGAGUGAGUGGUUAAGUGAGAAGAAUGAAAAGACAGGAAAACCUACAGACAGCCUUUCAGAAAGGCCUCUGCGUAUAACGACAGAUCCUGAGGUUUUGGCUACACAGCUGAAUUCUUUACCAGGUCUCACUUAUAGCCCGCAUGUUUAUUCUACUCCUAAGCACUAUAUUCGUUUUACAUCACCAUUCCUUUCAGAAAAGAGGCGAAGAAAAGAACCCAUGGAAAACAUUCUUGGCUCUUGUAAGAAGCGGUGGUUAAAGCAAGCUCUAGAAGAAGAAAACUCAGCCAUUGUAGAUUGUUUUAAUUCACCAUCUCAUGAAAGAUCUAGAAGUCCUGCAAUCAAUGGUGAAAGUAUAAGUCCCUUAUUAUUGAAUGACAGCUGUUCCUUACCAGAUCUCACCACACCCCUAAAGAAACGAAGGCUGUAUCAGCUGUUGGAUUCUCUCUAUUUAGAAACCUCUACACCUACUCCUUCUCCAUAUGCCACACCAACACAUGCUGAUCUGUCUGCCUCAGAUCCACUGUUAUUUGCUACCCCUCCUAGAAUUAAAGCAGAAGAUGAAACCUGUAGGAAUGGUUAUAAGCCCAUUUAUUCACCAGUUACUCCAGUGAUUCCAUCUGUGCAUGGAAAUGCAAUGCACUUUGAGAACAUUUCUUCACCUGAAAGUUCCCCAGAAGUUAAGAGGCGAACAUAUAAUCAAGAGGGAUAUGACCGAUCAUCGUCAGCAAUGCUAGCUCUCAACCCUUUCAGAAAUUCUAAUCUUACAGAAAUGUGCCUCCAAGAAAUAAAGACUAUUGGAUAUUCCAGUCCAAGGAAUAGGACUGAUGGCACUAGGCAGUGCUCUGUAGAAAAGGAGACUGCCUCAGAUCUCCAGUUGGGACUUGAAGCAAUUGAGCAAAGUGCACUGCAUAAAACCCUGGACACCCCUUGCCAUGAUCGGACUGAUGCAAACAACCAACUGGAAACUUCUCACUGUGGACGUGGAACAGUUUAUUCUACCUGGGUAAAAAGUCCUGACAGGACAGGAGUAAAUUUCUCAAUUAAUUCUAAUUUGAGGGACUUAACUCCUUCACACCAGUUGGAGGUAGGAGGUGGAUUCCGAAUAAGUGAGUCUAAGUGCCUGAUACCAGAUGAUGCUAGAGGCAUGUUCAUGGAAACACCAGGUUUUUGUACUUCUGAAGAUGGACUCACAGCUGGCUUUGGAAGAACUGUCAAUAGUGACAAUUUGAUGGAUGGAAAUUGCACACCCCAAAAUCCUCCACAAAAGAAAAAGGUGUCACUUCUGGAAUACCGUAAGAGGCAACGGGAAGCCAGAAAAAGCGGCUCUAAAGCAGAAAGCUUUGCCCUUCUUACCAUAUCACCACAUGCUGCUGGUGGAGGAAACAACGGUAGUGCUGCUGAUGGCUUUAACAGUAAUGAAAAUGGAGAACAAGUGGAGAGGGAACACACUGCUGGCCUCCCAUUGCCAUUGCCAGCCACAGAUUACAGUGCAACUUUGGAAGAAACUGACAACUCCUCUUCAUCAAAGGAAGCUUCAAGUGAAAAGAAUGAUCCAGAGGUUCAGUGGACUGCUUCAACAUCAGUGGAGCAAGUGAGGGAGCGAAGUUAUCAGCGAGCUUUGCUUCUUAGUGACCAUAGGAAAGACAAAGAUUCUGAUCCUGAUCCUGAAAAUCCUGAGCCCACAAGUGAAUGUCCAUCCCCAGAUACUUCCUUGAAGACAUGCAAGAGUCCUUUAAAAGUGAACAAGACUUCUUCGCCAAGUCCUGUAGUUACUGCUCAGUCACUUGGGAAAACACCACCAAAACAGGAUUCCCAGUGGGAGACUGCAGCAGACCCUCCAGAGCCUGAGAACACAACGCACCCCAAGCCUGAUCAGCCCCAGAAACCACUGACAAACCACGGUGAAGCACUUUCCAAGAACCAUCAGUCCCAGCCCCAUGCACGUAAUCCAGGAGAUCAAGCCUCACAGAAGCUGCCUUCUGCGGCAUCGAAGCUACAUUGUCCCCCUUCACCUCAUGUAGAAAAUCCUCCAAAAUCCUCCACUCCACACACUCCCGCACAGCAUGGCUACCUUUCACCAAAGCCUCAUGCACAACAGUUAGGAUCGCCAUACAGACCUCAUCAUCCCCAGUCCCCUCAAGUGGGAACGCCUCAGAGAGACUCUCACAGAAGUUUUUAUGCGGCAGCCCAGAACCUUCAGCCAGGCAGCCAGCAGCAGGCCAGUGGAGCGCUGUUUUCCCAGACAUCUUCAGUAUCUUACAAUCAGUUUCACCAACAGAAUUUGAAUGCCACUGCCCCGCCCCCGCCCCCGCCCCCACCCCCAUCCUCUUCUUACUAUCAAAACCAGCAGCCCCCCUCAGGAAACUUUCAAAAUUACAGUCAGUUAAAAAGUAGCAUAGCACCCCAACAAACUGUUUUUCCCUCGGGACCAAAUCAAGCCCUUGCUGGCACAACAUGCCAGCAGGCAGUUGCAGGGCACCAUGUAACAGGUGGGCAUUUUUUGCCAUCGCAGACUCCCAGUAUUCACCAUCAGACUCCAUCGGUGGGUGCACCGCCGCCACCGCCGCCGCCUCCUGCUCCAGGACCACACCUUGUGCAGCAGCAGAGUACUCAUCAGCAUUCAGUGGCACACGUUGUCGGUCCAGUGCACGCAGUGGCAGUGGCCCCCGGAUCACACAUCCAUUCUCAAACUGCUGGUCAUCCCCUGCCGCCGCCGCCUCCUGGUCCCGUUCCUCACCACCAUCCUACUCACCCUGCAACAGGUCACCAAGGGUUGCAAGCACAACACCAGCAUGUAGUCAAUUCUGCGCCGCCGCCACCACCACCACCACCUUCCAGUGUUUUAAGCUCGGGGCAUCACACAGCAUCAGCGCAAGGAUUGCAUCAUCCAUCUCAUCAAGGGCCCCCACUUUUUCCUUCAAGUGCUCAUUCAACUAUAACUUCCUAUCCCUCACAACCUCCACAUCACACACCUUUGGGACCUGGACCUCAGCAUCAGCCUGCUGGAACGGGACCUCAUUGUCCACUCCCAGGCCAGGGUCCUCACAUCCAGCCUCAAGGACCAAACAGUAUUCCAACACCUACAGCUUCAGGGUUCUGUCCUCAUCCUGGCUCUGUCUCCCUCCCUCAUGGCGUGCAAGGACCUCAGCAGGCAUCCCCAGUGCCUGGGCAAAUACCGAUUCACAGAGCACAGGUGCCACCAACUUUUCAAAACAAUUAUCAUGGUUCAGGGUGGCAUUAAAAUGGACUCCCUGCUUGUAAACAUUUUAAAAAUGUUCUGUAAAAACUGUAUAUUUCAUAUGUACCUGUUCAAGGUACUUUUUAAAGCUUGUACAUGAUACUUUGUAUAAAAGCAAACACCAGUGCGUGCGCUCACUCUCAUUGUAUCCUUUCCAUUUUUGCUUUUAAAAUUCCUGAAACUGUGCUAUUAAGCCAGUAUUAGGCAUUUUUUAUUUUGUAUGUGAACAUUCCAGCAGUUUGUUCUGGCAGUAGAUUUUAUGCUGCAUAACUUUAAAUUUUAUUGUUACAGUUAAAUUCAUUUAGUGAAUGUUUUCUAUAUUUACUUUUUAUACAUAUGUAAUUAAAAAAAACUACACAGCUAAGUGAUGGCACUAACAGGUUUUUCAUCUGUCAACAGUUUUUGUGCAUAUAGAUAGAAAAUGCAAUACAGGUUUUUAUAGUUUGAUGUGGACAUGGCUUUUUUCUUUCAACAGUUAUUUGCAGACAUUGUAAUUUAAUGUAUAGAUUGUUUCUAAUGUCUCUGACAAGUGCUGUAAAUACUGUUUCUUUUGCGUGUAAAACUGCUUAAUGCUUCUCAUUUGAUAUAGUAUUGUACAUAUAAGUCUUUUGCAAAAGCUUGUGAUCUUUGUGGAAGUAGUACAGUAUAUGAACUUUAAUUUUUUAAAAUAUACUGUCACCUUGCAGCACUGGUUGGGCAUUUUAAUUCAUGUUAAUAAAUCACAAUUAUGUCAGUUUUAA